GCAUUAAUAGUUUCUGCUGGUUACACAUGACGGAAAUAUUUAUCUGACAAAGCGUCCAUCUUUAUUUAUGACAAUCACAUUUAACAUGGCGAUCUUGUAGAGCAGAAAAAGUAUAAUACGAUGUACAAGUUGGCGUUGUUUUAUAUAGUGGUGGGAACAAUAACAGUUGUUUUGGCAACAGCCUUCCCAUCAUGUAAACCCUGCGACUGUUAUGACGACAAUGGUACAUUAAUAAGUAAAUGUAUACACCUGGGGUUGACGAAAGUACCGAUGACAAUCCCUAAUAAUACCAAUCAUCUUAUCAUGAAGAAAAACAAUUUAAGCCACAUUUGCAACAAUUCCUUUGAAAGAUUCUACGAUCUAAGGCUACUUGAUCUAUCAUACUGUAUAAUUAAAAGGAUCGACGAGAAUGGGUUUGCUGGCCUUUGGAAUUUAGACAUACUUAUACUGAACCAUAACCAGGAUUUGGGAUUUCGUGGACUUGGAAAAGCAAUUUUUGGGCUUCGAAAUACGUCUCUACGCAUUAUCAAAGCUAACAGUAUAGUUCGCCAUUAUGCUGUUUGUGUUUGUAUUGACACGCUCAUGGCGGGAUAUUUUAAAGAAACGAGGAUUGAAGAAAUUCACGUCAAUGAUAACAGGAUAGAGUUUGCUGAACCACAUGCACUUUCACUCCUACCCUCGACUUUAAAAACAAUUAUAGCUAAAAACAAUAGAUUUACUAUUGGACCUUACUUGAGCGAAGUCAGUAAUCUUAGCAAUCUUGAAGUAUUGGAUUUUAGUGGACAUAUGUUGGAGGAAAACCUAACAAUACCUAUUCCUAACAGUAAUUAUUCAUUCCUCAAAGACAAUUUCCAGGUUCCCAUUGUGGAUUACACGAAACAACCCGAAAUAGUAUAUUCAAAGGACUUGGAACCACCGUUAGUCUUUCCACCAAAUUUGAAAAUUCUGCGGAUACAAUAUUAUGACCUGGCCUACCAGGUAACAAAAAUAGCACUUGGGCCAAAUUCCCUUAAAAACGUUGAUCUUAGGGGUAACGUUUUAUCGCGAUGGAUAGGACCAAUAUCCGGUGUUGAGAAUAUUACCGAUUUAAAUCUCUCACAGAACUUUUGCCUUAAAAUUUAUCCCGAAUUUUUUGAUAACUUCACUUCUUUACAAACGUUAGAAAUGUCUCUCAAUAAUCUGCAACUAUCACUUGCUAUGGAUGGCAAUGGUUCCAUUUUUAAAUCACUUAGUAGUUUGGUUAACAUUAGUCUCGCUGAGAACAAGUUACGAUAUUUACCAGAAAACGUAUUUAUUGGUUUAAAAAAAUGUCAGUUUUUAAACUUGAGCCACAAUCUUCUUGAUCAUAGGGUUUUUAUAUCCCUUCAACUUAUGAACAAUCUGCAAUAUGUCAACUUUUCCCAUAAUCACAUUGAUUGGUUCCAUUCAACAUUUCGUAAGCAGUUGGAGAUGGCAGGGCAAAGGAGUGGAAAUCUAACAGUUGAUUUAACUGACAAUCCACUGAUGUGUGAUUGUGACAAUUAUUACUUCCUACAGUGGCUUGUAUCUACGCCUUAUGUACAGUUCUAUAAUAUUGAUCAAUACGAAUGUUAUUUCACAAAUGGGACAAGGACAUAUCUAAGCCAAUCUGAGCAAAUCUUUGCUCAAUUGUCUAAAACGUGUCAUUCCAUCACUGGUCAGAUAAUCACAGUUUGUUGUUGUAUUCUUGGAAUUCUAAGCCUUGUUCUUGGGGCUUUUGUCUAUAGAUUUAGAUGGAAAUUAAGGUAUUUGUAUUAUUUCAGAAAUUCCAAAACUAUUCGACAUCAAACUGAUGACGACUUUGAAUAUGAUGCGUUUAUUUCUUAUUCCGAUGAUGCUAGUUUAUUUGUGGAUCAAACAAUGAAAUCAAAAGUUGAACAAGAAGCGGGAUUAAAACUUUGUCUUCAUAACAGAGAUUUUCUCCCUUCCUUAACAAUUGCUGAAGGUAUAGUUACUGCUGUUAAGUCGAGUAGAAAAACAGUUCUUGUUAUGAGUCCAGAUUUUAUUAAAAGUUACUGGUGUCUGUAUGAAAUGAAUAUGGCAGAUAUGGAAAGUCAACAUACUGGACGAGAUGUGUUAUUAAUAUUAUUAUAUAAACAUAUUGAAUAUGAUAAAAUACCAUCAACUGUCAUGUAUCAGAUUAAAUCACAUACUUAUAUUGAAUAUCCUGAUGAGAACAAUGAUUCAGACGCGAUGGUUACAUUUUGGGAAAAAUUUUCUAAGGCAAUUAAAUCUCCUUAAUGUACAGCCAACCAUUAUUGUCAUUUGUCACAGUGUCGAUCUCAUGAUCAAUUAAUCAAUGAGUGGUUUAGGUGCCGUGCACGAGACAGGAUUAAUUAACAUUACCAGUUACAACUUUUCAUCCCUAGAGUUUACAUUGCUGCCAGUUUGUAUUGCUGUAUUUGUUGCUUGCACGAAAUUCAUAUCGUAAUUAGAUUUUUUUUUAGGGGGAGUGGUUAUUUUUACUAUUUGCUAAUUUUUUGUAUUUAUCUAUAAUAAACUUGGUCUAUUUUAAUAUGUAGAAAUUUGCAUGCGCAUGCUGGCUAUACAUAAAGCAUUUUUUAAAGAC